AUGAACUUGAAACAUCGUAGCAAGCUUUCUUUUAGCGUAGCUAUCUUUUUCUUGAAGUCCGUCGGUUAUUGGUCGACCACUACCCGCGUCGAAGGAUGGAUAAACGAGGCCAUGGUUUUCUUUUCCAUGUUGUCAGUUACGUUCCUCAUGUUCGUUCAAACCAGAGGUCUCUAUUUCUACUGGGGAAAUCUCGCUAUGGCCACUUACAUGGGGGUCAAUAUUUUGACACUGGUCAUGGACGCAUUCAAAAUGAUUACAUUAUUUAUACAUAAGAAGAAAUUCUUCAAAUUAAUCGCGCACAUGAAAGAACAUUUCUGGCACGAAAAUUACAAUCAGCAGGAGAGCGUGAUCGUGGAGGAUACAGAACGAUUAUGCAAAUACUUCGUGUACAUCUUUACAUUCUUUUGCCAAUCUACAGUAUUUUGCUACUGCCUCAGGCCAAUUGUGGGAAAUAUCGGAAGGAACGAAUCGGAGAGAGAGCUUAUAUUUAACAUGUGGCUGGACCUGCCGUUGUCUAUGACACCGUACUAUGAAAUUACAUUCACGAUACAAGCCGUGGCUCUGUACCAGAUUGCAGUGCUUUAUCUUUGCUUCGACAACAUAUUCUGUGUAAUGUGUCUGCACGUGGCCGGACAGUUUCGCGUGUUACAAUACAGAAUGUCCAACAUGCCGAUGGUAAAAGGCAUGAAAAAUCUGAAUGUCAAAUCCACAGCAGAGUUAUCCAAGCAAUGUCACGUCUCAUUUAUAAAUUAUAUCGAGGAACAUAAGGCCCUCAUUGAAUUCUGUGCCACGCUCGAAGAAAUAUUCCGAAAUAUUAUACUAGGACAAGUAUUCAUGUUUAGUAUUCUCAUUUGUAUUCUUGGAUAUCAGGUGAUUCUGGUGGAUUUGCCACUCAUCUGGACCAUUUCUUUCGCACUUUUCUUAUCCGCAAACAUGACUCAGCUGUGGAUGUUCACGUACAGUUGUGACUGCGUAACCCAGGAGAGCUUGAACAUUGCCGCGGCUGUGUACGCGGGACCGUGGAUUCAUUUAUCAAUGGACAAGUUUGGAGCGAUGAUACGAAAGAAUUUGGAAUUCGUAAUCAUGAGAUCGGGACGACCCAGUUCAUUGACAGCUUCUGGCUUUUUUCCCAUAUCCCUCGAAACGUACACUAAGAUUAUGAGCACUGCGAUGUCGUAUUUCACACUGUUAAAACAGAGUAGCGUGGACACAACGAAGGCGUAAUGUUUCUAGCUUUAUAUACCGAAAUAGCAAAAUGUUUUGAUAUAAUAUAAAA